CUUAAUUCUUGUGUUUGUGAGUUGAUCUGUUGAUGUCAAAAAUCUAAACAAUCUUUCACAGAUUACAGACAAAAGAUUUAUGAUUUAAAUUUAGGUUGGCGUUUAUUUAAAUGAUACAUAAAAAAACUUAUCAUGCCCACUGAUAAGUAAUGGUUUUUAUCUAAUGUGAAUCUUUGGAAACGUUUAGAGAUGGAUCCAACCUUACCACCUGACGAGCAUGAAGCAGAUCCUUCUUUUUUGAUUAUGGAUGAAAGUGAUGAUGAAGAAACUAUCGCUCAAGAAGAGUCAUUGGAGCCGGAAAUUGAUCCUCAAGAAGAACUGCAUAUUUUAGCAAGUGAUUUAAAUGUGACCCUUGAAGAGCUUACAGCUCAAUCUGAUUCAACUCGUUCAAGACGCGCCCGUAAAAAGGUUAAUUACCAGGCUUUACUGCUGAAGGAACAAAUGAAAAAACUGCAAACUUUAGAAGCGGAACAAAAGGAAUCCACAUCCAAUGCAGAACAACAACAAGCUGGAUCAUCUAGGGAAACUUCAUCCAAACCCCCAACUGACCCCUCCACUGAAGACUCAGAAGAACUUAGUGUAUCAGAACUAACCAAGUUCUACAUGACCAACUCACUGAGCAAUGAAGAUGAAGACGCAGAUGCUGAUUUCAAACCACUGUUAAGACCCAAAUUUAACCGAGAAAUUCGUGUAGGCCCCUCAUAUCAAGCAGAGGUACCGGAGGGGCCGACCGCCACCAAUUACGCUGAUAAAGAUUCAGAAGAAUACGACGAGGAACUUCUGUGGAGACCUUCUCAAGAGCUUAGUGAACAGGAUGUGGAGGCUUACUUGGGUCGGAUCAAUGAAAUUGUACACCAAGCCAUGAGUCAAAGAGUUAAGAACAGAGACAACAAAAAGGCUUUGGAGAUUUUACUUCAGUGUAAUUACAACCAAGAAUUAGCACUUCAAAAAUUCAAGGAAACUCUUGAAGAAUACUUAAAUGGGGAAAAUAUUGAAAAUCACUUUAAUAACAGCAAAGGAGAUUCUACUAAAGAAGUUAAACGUACCAAGGAGUUAGAUGGAAAUGAAGAAAAUAACUCAGUUGUCCCUAAGAUGGCGAGAAAAGAAAAUGCCAAUCCAAGUGAAUCAUAAUAGUUUUAAACAUUAAAAAUGGUAAACCUUGUGGUAAUCAUAUAGAAUAUACUUGAUACUGCCACAACCAGGUCAUUAGAAAGUCAGGAUAAACUAAAAAUCUUGGAAAUUCAACUGCUAAAACAGUAAGUCUUGGUCUGAAACAGAGCUAUCUAAUCCACUCUCUCUUUCUUGCGGAAUUUUUAGCUUGCAAUAUGUAUACAAAGUGUGUCGCUAUACCCAAUUGAAGUUAUUAACUGGCAUAAAAUGUUAAGCAGAUUUCUAUUUUCCAGCAAAUUUUUUUAAAUGUAGGAAAAACAGCAUUAUGAAGUUUUAAUACACACUCUGUAUAACAACUGAAAAAUCAAUGUAUAAUUUGAUGUUUGAUGUUUCAGUCUAUCAUCAUGAAACUCAGUGGUGGCGAUAGCGGGCCCGCGGUGCGGGGGGGCCCGCGAGCUAGGGAGGCCCUUGCAUGAGCCUUGACCGGGAUUUUUCAGUAAAUUUUACCGGGACACGGGCCCGCGAUUGUGCGACAGGCUCAGCCACACGGGUCCCCUAUUGUAACAAUAUUUAAGUAUAUGAGAAUUACCAUACGUUUUUUUAUGACGAAAUUUUGUUCAAACCACCAAGAGCAUUAGGACAAGUAGCUUACAACUGCUAAACUGUCACUAUUACUUGACUGAUCGAUAUAAACUCUCUACCAACCUAAGUAAAAGAAUUGUCAACAGUCGUGCGGAUUGCAUCAACUGUCGUCCUUGUGUUGCUUAGUCUAUGUCUAUGUCCUAGCCCCCGGCGGGUCACACCAGAGACGGCCCUCUAUGCUAAAUCAACCAAAUGAACUUGAAAAUUUUGUUAACUAGGGAUGGACGAGAUUGGAUUUUUAGUUCGAGACGAGACGAGAUUUUUUAUUUCUCAUAAAAUUUCGAGACGGGAUUUCCCUUCUCAUACACAACGGGAAAUGCACGUUCAAAAUGUUUACCUGAUUUUGUAACAUUGUUAGAUGACUGUUUAAAUACAAAAAUAAUGAUAAUAGGCAAGAAUAUUUACAAUCUUUUAUUAAAAAACAUCAGCAUAACAUUUUUUUAAUAUCACGCCUAACUUAUUAAAAAUGCCUACGAUUAGGAAACAUAGUGAUAUCAUUUAGGAUAGAGUUCAACUUAUCCUAAAAUA